UUCAACGCGAGCGGACGUUUUGAGCGCGUGUGCCGUGCCGCAGAUAACGAAACAUCGCAGUGCUAUCACUAGAAUACAAACAAAAAUCGAAUCGAAUCAAAUACAUUAUUUCACAGUUAAACGACAAAUAGAGAUAACCCCCAACCGCCCGAAAGCAAAUCAAAAUCACAACAAGUUGAUAAGUGCCAAAACAAAAAUCAAUACCGAUCGCAUACCAUGCAGCGCCCCAAAAAGUGCUACCAACUGUGCUGAACAACAAAACAAACAGCAGAAAAUCUAUAUUUAAUCCAAUACCAUAUCUAUGUGUAAUCGAAUCGAAAAUGGCAGCCGAACAAAUCGCUAAAAUGGCAGCUAAAGCCGCAGAAGCUACAAAUAAAUGGAUUAAGCCCCAGCAGAUAGCAACGCCACUGUUAACGCUUCUGCUCUUGGCCACGUUUAGUCAGCUGCCAACUGUGAGCAGUAGCAGCAGCAUCUUGGAUGCGGCCAGCGUCCAGGACAAGGAUCCCCUGCGGGAGACCAGCAUGAACAUGAUCCAGCGCAACUACAUGGUGAUGCACUCGGCCAGCGGAUCCGGCGACCACAGCCGCUCCCUGAAGCGGGCCAACCUGGUCAACACGAGCAUCACCUGCAACGACGGCACCCACGCCGGCUUCUACCUGCGCAAGCAGCCCAGCUCCAAGAAGUGGAUCGUCUUCCUCGAGGGCGGCUGGCACUGCUUUGACGUGCGCUCCUGCCGCGCCCGCUGGAUGCGCCUGCGCCACCUCAUGACCUCCUCCCAGUGGCCGGAAACGAGAGAUGUUGGAGGCAUCCUGUCGCCCCAUCCCGAGGAGAAUCCCUACUGGCACAGUGCCAACCACGUGCUCAUCCCCUACUGCAGCAGUGAUUCGUGGUCGGGCACGCGAACGGAGCCGGAUACCAGCGACCGGGAGAACAGUUGGCGCUUCAUGGGAGCCCUGAUCCUGCGCCAGGUUAUUGCCGAACUGAUUCCCGUGGGCCUGGGUCGAGUGCCGGGUGGUGAACUGCUCCUCGUCGGCUCCUCGGCCGGUGGUCUUGGUGUGAUGCUCAAUUUGGAUCGCAUCCGGGAUUUUCUGGUCAACGAGAAGAAGCUCCAGGUCACGGUGAGGGGAGUGAGUGAUUCUGGCUGGUUCCUGGACAGGGAACCCUACACGCCGGCGGCCGUGGCCUCCAGUGAGGCAGUGCGUCAGGGCUGGAAGUUGUGGCAGGGUCUGCUACCCGAGGAGUGCACCAAAGCUCAUCCCACGGAGCCCUGGAGGUGUUACUUCGGCUACAGGCUAUAUCCCACAUUGAAAACUCCCCUUUUCGUGUUCCAAUGGCUCUUCGACGAAGCUCAGAUGCGAGCUGAUAAUGUUGGGGCCCCCGUAACGCCCCAGCAAUGGAACUAUAUCCACGAGAUGGGUGGCGCCCUGAGAUCCUCCCUGGACAAUGUGAGCGCCGUGUUUGCACCCAGUUGCAUAGGACAUGCGGUGCUUUCGAAAAGGGACUGGGUCAAUAUCAAAAUCGAUGAUAUAUCCCUGCCCUCGGCCCUGCGCUGUUGGGAGCACUCGACGCGUCGUAAGCGCCAAGACAAGCUGAAACGCUCGACGGAGCCAUCGACGGCGGUCUCCCAACUGCCCCACGCCAAUAACCAAAGACACCAGCGGCACCGUCAGCGCCAGAAGCAGAACAAUGUGGCCCAAACUGGAGGGCAGCAGCGGCGGCACAAUCACUUGAGCAAGGAGGAGCGAGAGGAGCGGAAGCGGUUGCGCCAGGAGCAGCGGCAGAAAAGGAAGCAGCGCCGCCAGCGACAGCAGCAGCAGCAGCGCAAGAAGGCCAAUGGAGGGCAGGAGAAUCGGAAUAGGAAGAACAAUAGCCCCAAGUCGAACAAUGGCAAUGAUCAGCGGAAGCAGCGGCGUCGCCAGCAGUUGACACCGGAACAAAGGCAGGAGCAGCGAAAGAGGCGCCGCAAGGCUCAGCGGGAGCAGCAGGAUCAGCAGGAGCAGCCUGGGGCGGCUAGUGUCAUCCCAGAGGACAAGGUGGAGCCCCUCAAGACGCGCUCCUCGAACAACGCCUCCGCGGGCACCAAGACCAAGAAGCGGCCGCGAGUGCCCCGGGUGCCGGAGAAGUGCGGCCUGCGCCUCCUGGAGCGAUGCAGUUGGCCGCAGUGCAACCACUCCUGUCCCACGCUCACCAAUCCCAUGACCGGCGAGGAGAUGCGCUUCCUGGAGCUGCUCACCGCCUUUGGCCUGGACAUCGAGGCGGUGGCCGCCGCUUUGGGAGUCGAUAUGCACACGCUCAACAACAUGGAGCGCACCGAGUUGGUCAACCUGCUGACGCAGCAGGCCAACUAGGCUCACCAAAUACCCUGUAAAUUUUGGGGGAUCCAAAAAAGCCACAAAAAUCGCAGGGGGAAGCCCUAACUUCUUAGAAUCCCUAAAACAUUAGUGUUCGCUAAUACUUAAAAACUUUUUCUGAACGUCUUCAAAAGUACAUGGUAAUCCCCUACGAUUUUGUGGCCUUUUCUAGGUCUAGAGAACUCGCCCACCCUACUGUAAAUAAGUGGCCUGUAUAUAUAGUUUGUAGGUGGGGCCGCUCUGUAAAUAUCGCAUAAUACACCACCUCCACCCCCAAAAAACACACACUCACAUUAGCGGAGACAACUCCAAUUCCUAGAUCACACCAAGAAAAAGACAUGCGCAUAGUACCCAGUAAUUAAGCAGAAUUUAUUUAUAGUCCUACUCGAACUGCAGCUCGUAUUCGUAUUUCGUAUUCACAUUCACAUUUUUUUAUUUUAUCAUUCGCAUUCUGCAAUCACAAUCAAAGAAAUGAAAUCUGCUUAACGAGAAACUAAACACAAAUGCAACCACAAGACUGUUUUUAUGUUUUUUUACUUAUAUUAUAUUGAUAAACUAGCCUAGUUUACAUAGAUAGUUAUGCUUAGUAAACGUAAAUGUUUAUGUAAUUUAUUUGAUAAUUUAUGGCCCGCUUAGGAUGGUACUUUUGUGUGGAAUCUAGACUGUUUCAAUUGCCCCACGCAAAUGUUUUUUUUUUAUAUUUUUUAUACAUUGUUUUAUGCCUACCUCAGAUCAGUAAGAAUGAAAUUGAUAAACAGCUGCCUUUACAUAUUAUUGCGUACCUGUGCAACGAAAAUCAAAUACUUAAUACUUAACUUAAUACCGCCCGCAUUCCGUUAAACAAAAAAAAAAGAAUACAACAGCACUAAAACAAAUGCGAAAAUAGCUAACCAGAAGCGAAGUGAACAAAUCGAAUGAAUAAUUGUAGCAAUGUUUGUAAAGAAUUUCUAGAUAAACGAGAAAAAUCGCACAAAAAUAAACUAUUUAAAACUAGUUACCUAUGUUAAGCCUGUACAGAACUGGUUGAAGUUUAGCCCUAAGAAUUGUUGUACUUAAACUUAGUGAUAAUCAUAAACGUAAUGCAAUUUCCAAGCUUAUUAGCUUUUGUUAGCGUUGUUCAAAUGAACUGGUUAUCAUUUUCAAAAGAUGAAAUCGACCAAUAUUUGAAGAGGAAACCAAUCAAAUAAACCAGAAAAAUAACUUA